AGAACUUUUUAUUUAUUAAGAUAACAAUAUUUGGAUACGAAAUAGGUAAUUAAGAUUUUUGUUGCUUCGAUUUUGAAAUAAUUUGGUGCAUAAAAUUGGAUCAUACUUUCACUGAUAUGGUCAAAUUUAUUUAUAAUAAUCUUCCAAUGGUAUUUUUGUUUAGUUUGGUGAAAACAGUAUAAUUAUCAAUAAACUUAUUACCAUAAAUAAUGAGCAUUAAUAUUAAGAACAUGUUAGGGAAUGAUAAAAUGCAUUCGUUUUGUUUACCAGUUGAAUCAUGUGUUGUAUGUGGUGAUAGAGCUUCAGGGCGACAUUAUGGAGCUAUUAGUUGUGAAGGAUGUAAAGGUUUUUUUAAGAGAUCCAUUCGAAAACAAUUAGGGUAUCAAUGUAGGGGUAGCAAAAUGUGUGAAGUUACAAAAAAUCAUCGGAAUCGUUGUCAAUAUUGUCGCCUUCAAAAAUGUUUGUCAAUGGGAAUGAGAAGUGACUCUGUGCAACAUGAAAGAAAACCUGUUUCUGAUAGAGGAGAAUCUGUAAAUAGUUUAUCUGGUCCAGAUAAUAACAAUAUACCUACAUUUUCAUAUGGUAAUCAUUCAUUUGCCAAAACUGAAAUUGCACCAUUCUUUAAAAACGAUUUACCUUUUAUAAAAACUGAGAUGUCUUUUAUGACACACCGAACAUUAUUUACUGAUCAAUCAACAGCACAUUUACUACAAUCUUCAAGUGAAAAUGAUAAUUCAAGUCGUACUCAAAGUUAUUUGGAUUAUUACAUGGCUGAAGAUGAUGAGUCUUCUGUCAGUCAUUCCCCUAGUAAUGAUGCUGAUAUUAAACCAUUCAGUCAAGAUAACAAAAGUCUCUUGACUUAUGCUUUAGAUUCAAUGAAUAAUAUAACUCAACAAAAUCCUAAUAGUAGUGAACAAAUUUAUGAUAAUGACACUGUCCAUGAUUUCAAAGUAAUAGACAUAUCUGGAGAAAUAAUGCCUGAAACCAACAUAGUCUUCCCAUUUCAAUCACCAAGUCCUAAGUGCAUGUAUCUCAAUUUACAUUUCAUCUGUGAAAGUGCAUCUAGACUUUUAUUUUUAACUAUAAACUGGGUUCAAAGUCUUCCAGCAUUUCAACUUCUUUCAUUUGAAACACAAUUGAGUUUGUUGAGAAAUGCAUGGCCUCAAUUGUUUGUAUUAGGACUAACACAGUGUGCAGAAGCAUUAUCUCUGAUGCCUAUUCUAAAUUCAAUGUUAUCUCAGCUACAAAAUGAAAAUGUUCAAUCACAAAAUUCUAGUAGAGCUAAAGAGCUCAUAGAUUAUUUGAACAAACUUCAAGAUUAUUUAAAAGAAAUGGAGAAUAUAGAUGUUAGUAAAGUUGAAUAUGCAUAUUUAAAAAUCAUAUCUUUAUUUAAUACUGAUAAUCCUUCUGAAAGACAACAGUUGUAUAAACUUCAAGAAAAAGCACUUAAAGAAUUGAAGCAACAUAUAAUAAAUGAAAAAUUAGAUGAAAAUCGCAUAGCUAUUUUACUAUUACGACUUCCAGCAUUACGUUCAUUAAGUCCAAAUAUCACUGAAGAAAUAUUUUUCUCUAGUAUUCUUGGUAACUUUCAGAUUGAUGCUGUAAUACCUCAUAUCUUAAAGAUGAAAGGAUUCAAUUCAGAUUAUGAAGAUAUGGAUGCAUGAAGAGAAUUCUGAUAAUUAUUCAGUUUAUUGUUAUAUAUUUCUCAAACGUUAUGGACUUAUAUUUUUGAAUCAGAUCUAACCAUAAAGAUUAAACCUAACCUAUUAAUUAGUCUGGUUAACAAAUUAGACAAAGUAUAUAACUAAUAUUAUGGAUCAAAACAAAAAAAUUUAAAUUAAACAUACAAGAAAUGAAUAUAAUACAUAAUUCAGUUUAAUUAAAAAAAUUUUUAAAUUACAUAACUUGGAUUUAUUAAUAAUAGUGUGCGUAUGGUAAUAAACAGUGAUAAUUUUCAAAUCUAAUUUAUCUUUUAAGUUAAUGUUUUAUUUUACUUAGAUAACUAUUUUUAGUUAAACAUUUAUUUCAAUAAUUAGUGAUUUACUAAAACACAAAAAAAAUAUAUUUAUAUACUUUAAUUUGUCUUCCCAAAUAAUUGUUAUAUUUUUAUUUAUUUUUUAAUUUGUUAUAUAUUAAAAAUUAUAAUAGAGUUAAAGUUCUAAAUGAGAUAAACAUUAGUAUUUAUACUAAAGCAUCUUUAAAGGGUUUAUUUACAAACAAGCUUAUUUAAUACACUAAAUAACUAUAAAUUUGAUUUUUUAGAAAUUAGUUGUAAUAAAAAUAGUUUUAGAAAAGGGUUUAAAUAAUGUAUUUAUGUAUGGUCUAGAUAAUUUCAAAAAUUAUAUACAUGCUAAAUGAAAUACUAUUUUGUAAUGUAAUAUCAUAAUUUUUAUUACCUUAUAAAACUUCUGCUAAUUUUCUACAUAAAUAUUUUUAGAAUAGUUUAUGUUGAGAAAAUUUGCUAUAAGUUUAUUUUUUAAAAAUAUAUGUUUUUUUAUAAAUUAUUAAUAAGUAAUUUAAAAAUUUACUGUAAUUAAUUUUGAUUAAUUGAUGAUUUUUCAUACAAUUAUUUUUGUGUCUUAUUGUAAUUAUGCAUUAAUUUUUAAACAACAUAUAAAGGGUUGAGCAAUUCAGACAAUAAAAAAAUUAAGAAGUUUUAUCUUAUUCAUAGAUAUAUUAUUUAUUGUAAUCAUUUAGUUUAAAUUACCUGUUUUUAUAAAUUGUAAUCUAUAGCUUCAUAUUUGUUUUUAUUAUUAGAAGUGUUAAUUUAUAUGUAAUUUUGACAAUAAAAAGUUGAGUAAUAACAA